AUGAUGACGCACCAGCCCGAUCUUAACGGCAUGCAUUUCGAAGAUGCUAUCUUUGAGGACGCUUUGCUAGACAGCGGCGCUCUUCCGCACAUACCCUUUACACCAUCAUACGAAUUUGACAGCUUUGCAACCACGUUUGAAGAUCCCUUUCAAUACUCAGCGGCCAAAGCCUUUGAACCGCCCCCAAACCCAGCCAACGUCAACGAUGAAGCUUCACCACAGGAGCUCGACAACAAGCUCUUGGGCUUCUCCGAACCCACGGUAUCAGCAACAGUACUUGACGAGGUGGGGAACAUUGGCGAGACGAGCAUGUCUGCCGAAUUAUACGGCAUGUUCUUUGUCGCCGAGGACGUGUUUGGAGCUGAGAAAGAAUCGAAAGUGGCCGGACCACCACCCAGUCUUCCACUCGACCUAGCCGCUGGCCAGGAGCUAGAUGCUAACCGAGUGUCCUUGCCUGUUUCAUGGAAGCGUCUCCAGUUCAAGCACGCCACGGCGAACAAUGGACGACGCAAAGGCCUGCAGCAGCAUUACGUGGUUCAAAUCAGUCUUUUGGGGAAUACAAAGGCGGGCGACACCAUCACCAUUGCGGAGAUCAGGUCAGGUCCCGUGAUUGUGCGUGGGCGAAGCCCAAGGAACUUUGACAGUCGCAAGGAUGUUCCUCUGACAGGCGAUAAGAGACUCGAGAGAAGGAACACCGCGGGCUCCGCCGAUCAGAUGGUCAAGACUGAGAGGGAUGCCUUCCAGACAAGCCUACACAAGCCACAAUCCAUGGGAGCGGUGCCGAGCAACGAAUGGGUGAUGCCGCAGCCUUUCACACAGCCUAGUCAGGGCUCACAUCCCGCGAAACGUAUGGCUAUCUCACCCACAGUAGCGAAACCGCCCGUCCCUGGCUGGUCAAGGGACUCGGCGAGCGCCUUCAAGCAGGGCCCUAAUGCAGCACAAGCGAUGAAAGCGAAACGGAACAGUACCUCGGCACCUAUCAACUUGUCCCUCUCUGACGAUGAGAGAAGCCCGAACCGCUCGAGCGCCGAAUUACCGAGCCCCCAUGCAGGCAAGAUCCAAGCCGUACCCGGGCUGGCCCCAGGAAGCAGUCCACCUGAGGAAGAAGACCCCCUCUACGAGUACUUCCCUCUAAGCGUGGACGAUUGGAUGCCACCGGUUGACGCGGUGUAUCGACCUCACGUCGUUCAUCAUACCAUUGUACCGCCUGAGAUCAAGGCGCAGCAGAUGCAGAGCAAGACAAAGCGAUAUUUUGUUGUCGAGUGA